AUGGCUGACGGUAAUCAUCACCAAUGUUGUAAUUCACAGGAAAAUCCUAAUGCCCUGAUCUUCAUUUCCCACGUAUCUCAUGUAGACGUAAAAUACAAGCGAAAAUACAAAGAGUUGAGAAAGCGUAUUCGAGACAUUGAAGAGGAAAACGAUGUGCUAAAUGUGCGAUUGUUCAAAGCUCAUAAAAGCAUUCGCCACCUCAAAUUGGAGAGAACCUUCUUGCUGGAUAGGAUGGAUAAAUCAAACCAUACAUCUCUCGACUACAAUAGCGAUAACUCGGAUGUGGGUUCUGACAUUUACUCCCAUGAUGAAUCAGACAUGAUGUUGCAUAAUAGGAUCCAGGGCAGCCACAAGCAGGAUGGCCGUAGUCGAAUCGAUAAAUCGGCGGGUAGUAAACCACAACGCAAGAAGAAAGAUCCCAACGCGCCCAAAGGACCAGGCAAUGUCUUUUUCUUGUAUUGUAGAUUGGAAAGAGAUAAGGUUAAAGAUGAGUUUCCAACUGAAAACUUGGGUGAGGUGACAAGGCUUCUUGGCCAGCGAUGGAAGAGUCUUCCAAAGGAUGAGAAAAAGAAAUAUUAUGACAUGUAUAACCGUGAAGUGGACGAGUAUGAGGAAGCCAUGAAAACCUACACGUCGAAUUGUGGUGCCGCCACUCCUGGAGGCCUUGCUUCGACAAACGCAGGCAGCUCGGCUAAUUUGAAUGAAUCAGUGGAUGCUGAUUUGGCGUCUAUCCCAUCUUCGCCCGCACAGUCAACAGAAAUGUCCAUGGACUUCCCUAGUGAUCCUGCCCACCAUCACCAUGAUUCUCCUGAUGUAGGCUCCGUCAAGGACGACGAUGAUAUCAAGGAUGCUGACAGUGCUACUCCUCAAUCUGACAUUUAUCAAUCAUCUGUUCCAAUAAUCAACUGGGAACCAUCCAUGUAA